UUUUUCUGGGGUGUGUGGCCAAAAAUCAUGUCCUGGGGGUGAGAGUCUAUAAAAGCUAUUCAGGAGUUGAGAUUCCUCACACUCACUUUGAAAAGGUUUCUGUCCAAAAGGAGGCUGACCAGGAGAGUCCAUGGCAGAGCUGACCAUGAACAGAUUAGCACUCCUAUUUUUCUGCUUAUAUGCAACAGCCUCACUAAUUGAUGGGAUCCCCAGCCAUAGAACAGAGAAGCCCAGGAGCUCCAAACCCGUGGUAGCAGCUGACUUACCUGAUCCGGAUAACACUGAUGAUACUCUCCUCCCUGGUGGCAGCGGGCAGUGCUCGGUGAAUGGGAUGUUCCUGUUUGACAGGGCCAUGUGGUCGCCUCAGCCCUGCUCCGUGUGCCAGUGUCAGAGGGGAACUGUCAGCUGUCACCCUGUCCCCUGCGGCGGUUCAAAUAACCAGCAGACAGUGGCUCCCAAAGCCAAGAAAUCCUCCCCUAAUGCAGAGAAGAAAGAGGGGAUUCCAAAGCAGAAGAGUCUCCAAAGGACAUCAGAAGAAGGAGGAGCAGGACGUCAGAAGAAGGAGGAGCGGCAUGUUAGUCCAGUGAAAGUGGUUGCUGUUGUGAAAUCCGUGGCCACCCAGAACAAAAAACAAGAAGCAGCAGUGAAGAAACAGGAAGUGGCUGUGAAGAAACAAAAAGUGUCUGUGAAGAAACAGGAAAUGCUUGUGAAAACAAAAGUCAGGAAGACCGAGGUCCCUGUGGCCAAGAGGCGUGACCCGAAGAUAAACAAAGACAGCCUUCCGUACCUUCCCUACGAUGAUGACGAUCACGAUGACCAUGACCACAGCGAGCAUGACGACAAUGACGACGAUGAUGAUUAUAUCAUCAGGGCCACCGGAAAACCCACCAUGAGGUUGGCACCAAUGAGGAGACCAGUCACCAUGGCGACUGGCCGACUGGCUACUACCACCACUAGGAGACCCAUGGUGAGGGGGCCGGGACGUGCUGUGGUCACAUUCCCCAGGAGACACAGCAUCAUGGAGUCUCUCCCUGCUGGCUGCCUGCUCUCGGAGUCUCUGAUCGCCUGUGGCAGCACUGGCAUGGUCCACGUCCCCAUCCUCUCAGACCAGGGGGUCAAGACCCUCUAUCUGGCAGACAAUAAGAUCAAUAAGAUCCCUCCCCGGGCGCUGGCUGGGCUGCCCAACCUGGAGUGGCUGGACCUGAGCAAGAACAAGCUGGACGACUCCUCCAUCAGCCCUGACCUGUUCCAGAACCUGACCCAGCUGAGGAGGUUGAAUUUAGAUGGCAACAAUCUGACCAAAGUCCCCUCGAUUCUCCCGCCGUCCCUGGUGGAGCUUAAGAUCAAUGACAACAAGAUCCUGGGCCUCACACCUAACAGCUUUAAAGGUUUGUCCAAAUUGCUGACACUGGAGCUUGAGGACAACCACUUCCACGAUGGGAAUGUGUCACCUUUGACCUUCCGGCCCCUCAAGAAACUCAUAUAUCUGCGACUGGAGGACAACAAGUUCCGGGCCAUCCCCUCUGGGCUUCCUGUGACCCUGCAGGCACUUCACCUGUCGGAUAACAGAAUAGAAGAGGUGCAUGAGGGGAUCCUCAACAAGACCGUCAACCUCAGGUUUCUGGAUCUCAGUCAUAAUAGGAUCCGGGAGGACCGCAUAGCCCCAAGGGCCUGGAUACACUUGUUAAAGUUGGAGUCGUUGGACCUGUCGCACAAUAAGCUGGUGCAUGUUCCCUCCUUCCUCCCUGUGGGUCUACAGCAGCUCCACCUGCACCACAACCAGAUUGAGCGGAUCCCUGGCUACGUGUUUGGCCACAUUAAACCGGGACUGGACCUCCUUCACCUGUCCCACAACAGGCUGGCCAACGACGGCAUUGAUGAUGUGUCCUUCCUGGGCCUGUACAACUCCCUGACUGAACUCCUGCUGGACCACAACCAGCUUCGCUCCAUCCCCAGGGGGCUACUGAAGCUCAAGAGCCUGCAGCUCCUCCGCCUCAACCACAACGUUAUCAGAUACGUUCCUCUGAACUCUCUGUGUGACAUGCGCCAGAGUGACGACUCGCCCCUAGUCUCCGUUCACCUGGAGUACAACCUGAUUGACAGGCGUCUCAUCCCGCCCACCGCCCUAUCCUGCAUCAAGACCUACCACAGCAUCAUACUACGGCCCCAGAGUUACGAGGAAGAUUACCACCAUGAAGAUUACUAGUACCCCCCCCCCGUCAGUUUGUCCUGGGUUACACCUUGUCUGCGUUUCUCAUUACAUAAUUUCCUCUGAGUCCGUCUCUUAUUGUGAUUAGCUUAGUCAGACUUAUGACACCCAAGCGUUAUGCAACAGAUGAAAUUAGACUUCUAUCCUAAGUCUGACCAUAAUUCUAGGGCAAUGUUUAUGCAACCAGCCCUUUGUCAGUGGGCUUCAUUAUCACAAUGAAUGAGAACGAUUGUGUGUGUUUUUCCUGUUUUAAAGCCUUACUCUGUAAAGCAGUUCUAGGUUUUACUUGUGACUUUGACCUUGCUUGAUACAGUAGCAUGUAUUGAAAGAAAAAUAAUGUGUGGUUACCAAGGGAAACCCAGGUAGCUACUUGACAGUAGUGAGAGCCAAAGAUGUCCAGGUGCCCUCUAUACUAAACUCACUGUUUUGUUGUUUGUACAACUGUUUCAACUUUGUGACAAACUUGUGUAAUGAAAAAUUGUGAAAAUAAAAAAAUCUUAGAUAA